AUGAUACUGUGUCUGGCUGCCAUAGCUAUGUCCUGUGAGUGUUCCCUGGAGGAGACAAGUGACUAUUUCAUCCCUAUGAAGACCAGAAAGUCUCCUGAUGAAUGUGGUGUAGGCGCUGACUGGAACUCUGUGGCAUGUGAUGCAGGGGACUUGAGCUUUGAACUCUCUGAAGAAGCUGCAUUGAUCUCCAGAACCUGUGAGGAGCAGAUUCCUGCUCUCCAGCCUUUGAAGAAGCUGGCUCAGGCUCUGGAUUUGGCUUUAGCAGCAGCAGUGGAGUUAUUGGUAGGGCUGCAGGAAGUGACAAGAUCCCCACAUGACCAUCUUGACCUGCAGCUUUUUAAAGUCAGAGAUGGCCCCACCCUGUGUUCCUGCCACACUGAGAACAUGGUGACAGCAGAAGCCAGAGCAAAGGAACUUAAAAAUUAUCCCAAUGACUGCCUUGUUCAGCUUUCAAAUCCAAACAUAGUGACAAUGAAGGAAGAUGUUCUCUACGACUUUAGCCUGAGCACAAGCACACUUGAAUUCCCUGCUAUGUUUGGUGAUGUGAAGUUUGUCUCUGUUCUUGGGAGCCACUCUCGGAUGAACUCCUUCAUCAAGUAUGUGGCUGUCGAGCUGGCAUUUGGACAUCCAGGGAUGAGUACCCCAACAUCUGUGUAUGACUGCCCACAUGCCAUGUAUAAAGUUGGACCAGUUCUGUCCAUGAGUCAUGGUAUGGGCAUUCCAUCCAUCGCCAUCAUGUUACAUGAACUCAUCAAGCUGCUGUACCAUGCUAGAUGCUCCAAAGUCACCAUCGUCCACAUCAGCACUAGUGGGAUAGGUUUGGAGUCUGGCUCAGUGGUCAUUAACUGGCAGGCAGUGGGCGCCUGCCUCAAGGUGGAGUUUCAGCAGCUUGUCCUGGAGAAGUGGGUGGUUCAGAGUACAGACCUGGAUGAGCAGCUGGUGCCAGAGUUGCUGCAGUGCUCUGCAGACCUGAGUGAAUUCACCACUGUUGUGGGACACACCAUGUGUACCCUGGACUUCUAUGAAGGGCAAGGUCAUUUGGAUGGUGUGCUCUGCUUCUACACAGAGAAGGACAAGCAGGCCUAUCUGAAAGCUGCCCACACAUCGGGCAUCAGCAACAUCAAGAUGGAAUCUUCAGUCUUUGCUGCCAUGUGCAAUACAUGUGGCCUCUGA